CUAAAUAAUAUUUUCUUAAGAUGGCUGGUGUCUUUUUAAUAGCAAAUUGACUAUCUCGAAUAGGGUUGAUAAAAAUCAAAAUGACACUAGAAAACAUCAAGCUUAUCUACUUCGAUGGCAGAGGUCGUGCUGAGGUGACACGGUUAAUGCUGGCAGCAGCAGACGUCAAGUACGAGGACAUCAGAUACAUUUUUCAGAGAUGGCCCGCCGAGAAGUCAAAAAUGCCUUUUGGGCAACUACCAGUACUAAUUAUAGAUGACAACAUGUUUGGCCAGAGCCUUGCAAUAGCAGCUUACAUUGCCAAGGAAGCAGGAUUUUAUCCUAAAAGUAAUCUUGAUGGGUUAAAAGUGGAUCAAGUAGUUCAGCUGGGAGUUGACUUUCAAACAGUAGCAAUGACAGCUUUGUUUCACGAAGAUGAAGCUAAAAAGAGUGAGCUUGUGAAAGAGCUCAAGGAAGUAGAGGUGCCCAAGUACUUAGACUUUUUUGAAAAACUUUUGAAAGAAUCUGGAACAGGAUAUUUUGUUGGUACAACGUUAACACUUGCAGACUUCUUCAUCUAUGAUAUAAUCUCUGUGACGAUAGACAGAGGAGUCCUCAGCACAUCCAAACAUCCAUUAGUGGAUGGGUUAGUUAAGAAAGUUGAAAGUAAUCCCAAUGUAAAAACUUACCUGGCAAACAGAAAGAAGACUGAUUUUUAAUACAGAAUAGAAACCUCCAGAUUUUAAAAUUACCUGUCCAUUAUAAAAAAUUACGGCUUUGUAAAACAAAAAACAACAAUAUCGGCAUCUUAACAUUUUGCCACAUUAUUAAAACAAUUGUAUGUAAUUGACAGAAGUAAUCUUUUUUAAUUAAGAUAUAAAAAAAUCCAAUUUUAAAAAUCUGUAUUAAAUUUAACUGUCUAAAGAUGCUAAUAAUGUUUAUAAUGAAAAUUUCCAGAGCUGUAAAAUUUGAAAAUAUCACAUUUGACAAACUUUCCAAUUGUGUAUUGUAGCAUAAAUAUUUUAUUCAAUGAAUAAGUGAAUUUUAAAAUUCUAUCUUGCAACAUUAGAUUUCAUUCAUUGCAUUGGUUUAUUGUUGUGAAAUUCAGCUAAUGGAAGUAAAGUUUAUUGUAUCAAACUUAACAUUGGCUGUCUAUGUAAAUAAUUGCAAUCCAUAUUUGAUGUAACUUUAUAUUAAUGUAAAA